GAAGGGAAAAGCACCGUUCACAGUGGAGAGAAACCGUACGUGUUCUGUGUGUGGACGAGGCUUCAGCCGAUCAUCUAACCUAUCAAAACACAAAUGCAGCCACAGCAGGGAGAAACUGUGGAAAUGUGGAGACUGUGGGAAGGGAUAUAAUUAUCCAGUUCAGCUGGAAAAUCACAGGCGCACUCACACUGGGGAGAGGCCAUUCACCUGCUCUGACUGCGGGAUAGGUUUCACUCGAUCAUGCCACCUGACAAGACACCAGCGAGUUCAUACUGGAGAGAGGCCGUUCACCUGCUCCGAGUGUGGGAAGGGAUUCACUCAGUCAUCCAAUCUGCUGACACACCGGCGCAUUCACACUGACGAGACACGUUUUAAAUGUCCAGACUGUGGGAAGUGCUUCAAAAGUUCUGGGGACUUGAUGUCCCAUCAAAAUGUUCACACUGAUGAGAGACCAUUCAGGUGCUCUCACUGCGGGACUGGUUUCAGGUGGUCAUCUCAACUCACUGUACACCAGCGACUUCACACUGGAGAAAGACCAUUCACCUGCCCCGUGUGUGGGAAGGGAUUCACUCGGUCAUCCCACCUGGUGACACACCGGCGCAUUCACACUGGGGAGACACCGUUUACCUUCUCUGAUUGUGGGAAGGGAUUCACGCAGUUAUCCACCUUGCUGAUACAUCAGCAAGUUCACACUGGGAAGAGGCUGUUCAUCUGCUCCAAGUGCGGGAAGGGAUUCACUCGGACAUCCGACCUGCUGACACAUCAGCAAGUUCACACUGGGGAGUGGCCAUUCUCUUGCCACCUGUGUGGGAAGGGAUUCACUCAGUCCUCCAGGUUGCUGAUACACCAGCGAGGUCACACUGGGGAGAGACCUUUUAAAUGCCCAGACUGCGGGAAGUGCUAUAAAAGUUCCGGGGUCUUGAUGUCCCAUCAACGUGUUCACACUGACGAGAGACCGUUCAGGUGCUCUCACUGUGGGACUGGGUUCAGGAGGUCAUCUCACCUCACUGAGCACCAGCGAGUUCACACUGGGGAGAGACCAUUCACCUGCUCUGAGUGUGGGAAGGGAUUCACUCAGUCAUCCACCCUGCUGACACACCAGCGAGUUCACAAGUAAGUAUAGUGAUUAGAUUUUGCUGCUAAUCACAUCCAGGACUAAAUUGGGCUCUUUUUCUGCUGAUGUUAAUAAACUCCAGCCUAGUUAUAGGUGUUAAU